CUGAACUCCAGUAGGGCCCAAGCCAGCCAGGAAGGAGGAGGCAGCCAGAGUGGCCACCACUGGUCUCUGCAGCAGAAGACCCCCUGCUGCCAGCACCAUCUGCACAGCCAUCUAUGUCUCUCCGGUCUCAUCUUUCUUUUCUUUGAAUCUUUUUUUGACCCCUGGAAGAUCUCCAAAGCCAGUCAUCUGUGUUUGUACUUCACUCUGCUUCCCAGCCUCCUGAAAUGAUGAUUUCUGGAUCCAUAAUCAUUCACGUCACAGACAGAGGGAGCCGAGGCUGAAACAGGAUAAUAGCCUUUAAAUCCCCUUCUCUAAGCACUCAGAUCUUCCCUGUCAGCAAGAUUAAAGCGGUCAACAGCAGCCCCCAUGUGUCUGUAUCCUACACUGAGUUUGAACAACUGGAGCUGAUGGCUGGUAGAGAAAGAAAUGCAAAGCUGUUCUGGUGCCUGAGGCUUCAGAUGGGAAGAAGCAGUGGGGGAAGCAGCAACACAGAAGCAUAUUUUGCCACAGUGGUAUUGGUGGGGUAAAGAGUUGUGCCUGCCCAUCUGGUGAAGGAAACAUGUGGAACUUUAAGCAAAGGUCACGAUCCCAAACCUCCACCUAUCAAGCUGCAGCUCCCCAUGCUGUUUCGGAAUCUACGGAUGGACAUAAAGGAAUGGUGUGUCUAGAAGAAAUACAAACUGGGGGAUUUGGUGCUACUGACUGGCGAUCCCAAUCACAGCUGCCCCAGAAAACUGAGAGGAACUACUACUGCUUGGAUCAAGAGGAGGAGGAGGAGGAGGAGGAGGAGGAGGAGGAAGAGCAGAAGACACUCCCUUCAGUGUUUCCAUUCACUCCUCCUUGUUCUUCUGAAGCUGCUGCUUCCUCCUCUUCUGUGCUCAACAUCAACGUUGGUGGCCAAAGCUACCACCUAACCUACCAGGCGGUGGCUAUCUAUCCCACAACUCGGCUGGGCCGCUUGGCCACUUCCACGGACCGCCGUCGCCAGCUGGGCCUGUGCGAUGACUAUGCCGCUCAGGGAGAUGAGUAUUUCUUCGACCGAGACCCUGCCGUCUUCCAGCUGGUCUACAACUUCUAUGCCUCUGGGGUGCUACGGGUGCGGGAUGAGCUAUGCCCCUGCAGCUUCCUGGAGGAGCUGAGUUACUGGGGGGUACGGCUCAAAUAUACGCCACGCUGCUGCCGCAUCUGCUUUGAAGAGAGGCGCGAUGAGCUGAAUGAGCAGCUGAAAGUACAGCGGGAGUUGCGCGCCCAGGCUGCAGUCCAGGAGAGUGAGCACCUCUUCCAGCAUAUGCGCUAUGCGGCACAACGCUGGCGUCUCUGGAACCUCAUGGAGAAGCCCUUCUCUUCAACCACAGCAAAAGCUAUGGGAGUAGCCUCCAGCUUCUUCGUGCUCAUCUCUGUGGUAGCGCUGGCUCUUAACACUGUGGAGGAGAUGCAGCAUAAGGACAAGGGCAGUGAGGAGAUUCGGCCCAUGCUGGAGCACGUGGAGACCUUCUGCAUUGCCUUCUUCACCCUGGAAUAUGUGCUGCGGUUGGUCUCAACCCCAGACCUGCGUCACUUUGUUAGCAGCACCCUCAAUGCUGUCGACCUCAUUGCGAUCUUGCCCCUCUACCUCCAACUACUGUUGGAACAUUUUGUUGAUGAGGACCAACCUCGGGGACGAGGCUCUCCGCAUGAGCAUGACAUUGAGAAGGUGGGGCGAGUGGGGAAGGUAGGGCAGGUGCUGCGCAUCAUGCGCCUUAUGCGCAUUUUCCGCAUCCUCAAAUUGGCCCGCCAUUCUACAGGGCUGCGAGCCUUUGGCUUCACUUUGCGCCAAUGCUACCAGCAAGUAGGCUGCCUUUUGCUCUUCAUUGCCCUAGGCAUCUUUGCCUUUUCUGCCAUGGUCUACACUGUGGAGCAUGAUGUUUCCAGCACAAACUUCACCAGCAUCCCGCAUGCCUGGUGGUGGGCUGCCGUAAGCAUUUCUACAGUAGGAUAUGGAGACAUGUGUCCAGAAACCCAUCUUGGACGACUAUUUGCUUUCUUGUGCAUUGCAUUUGGAAUAAUCCUGAAUGGAAUGCCCAUCUCUGUCCUGUAUAAUAAGUUCUCAGACUAUUAUAUCAAGCUGAAAGCAUAUGAGUACACAGCUAUACGGAAAGACAGAGGGAAAGUGGAUUUUACACGAAGAGCCAUGAAGAAAAUGUCUGAGUGCUGUGGAAACAAACCCACCCAAUUAUCAAGACACAGAUACAAUUGAUACAUUGAAAAGAGAAAGAGUAAUGAAGACAGGAGAGACUACAAGAUCAUUCAGGUCAAUUCAAAAGGUAACUGGGCUAACAAGAAUGUCCAAACCUGAAUAAUAUGACUUUUUUAAAAAGAUAUAGAUGUCUAUCUUCUUCCUCAUUAUUUGUGCUGUUGAAAGUUCCAGCUGACAGCUAACCAGCCACCCAAAGAUGUACUAAGAAUUUUCCAACUACAGAUUCCAUUUUGAAAGUAAUGCCAUAUGUUUGGCCUGCAAAUACAAGCCUACUACAGCCAAAUGAAAACAAAAGAAGUGAUUUUCUGUGUAUUUACAUAUUGACUGGCAUGAUAGAUGCUGCCUCAACAUCAGAAUUGUAUAGUCUUCCAAAUAGCAGUAUAUUGGCUUGUACCUGGAUUUUACUACACUUUUGAGAUUUCUAAGAUAAAGCUGUGUGCAGUACCUUCAUCCUGCAAGUGCUUUCACAGACACACACACGCAGAAGGUCACUGCAUGAAAUGUGCUGAAUGUUAACAUAGAAAAAACUCCGUAAUAAAGCUUCCCCAGAGAGUUGAUGGUAUGGGUCAAUACAGGAACAAGAAAUCUUAAACUAAUUAUUUGAGCCAUUCAAAUUCACAUGCAUUUCCAAGUGAGGGACCAAAGAAAAAUAAUUAUAAAAUAUAUAUGCAUAUAUUAUUAUUAUUUAUUAUAAUUUUACAUUUUAUAUUCCGCUCUUCCUCCAAGGAGCCCAGAGAGGUGUACUACAUACUUAAGUUUCUCCUCACAACAACCCUGUGGAGUAGGUUAGGCUAAGAGAGAAGUGACUGGCCCAGAGUCACCCAGCAAAUAUCAUGGCUGAAUGGGGAUUUGAACUUGGGUCUCCCCAAUCCUAGUCCAGCACUCUAACCACUACACCAAUCUGAAUGAAUAGAUGUUGGAUCCGUCAGAGUAAAUUUUAAAGAUACCUUUCCAGAUAACCUAACAAGUAUAUAUUAAAUGAUGCAACAGUUGAGAUGGUUGGAAAAGAAUGGGUAGAAUGCAGUCAUCUGAAUGAUGCUUCAUUUCUGUUUCUUGAACAGAUGAUUGCAGCAUGCUACAGUUGAACUUCUGUUCAUAUUUAGUCAUGUAUAAUAAUACUGAGCAUUUAUGCAUGUAGAGUGUUUAAAGUAUGCAUUCAGUGACAAGAAGGAAUACCAGCCUCCAUUCACUUUCCCCUUCUCUCUGGGUGGUGCUGGUGCAGACCAGAGUUGUAGUGGAGGGGGAAAGUGCAGGGAUGGAGCGCUGGUACUUUUAGGCUUCUCUGGUUGUUGUGGUGGGCACGGGCAUAGGGGCUGACAUGGAGAGCAGCUGCACUUCUGUAUUUGCAUCUACAUCACCAGUGCAGACUGGCUCCAGAGGGAGACGCCAAUUAAACUGGCAGCAGUGACAGUGGUAAGGCAGAGGUGGGCCAGCUCUAGGAGAGAUGGGGCUCCCCAGGGCACCUUGCCUAAGCCCAGCAGCGCCCCACACAAGUGAGCACUGUUUGUGUCAGAGCCAAGACCUGAACUAGGAAUGUCCUGUUUCUCAACUCUGUUUCUUAGCCAUUAUGCUGCACUCAGUGGCAACUCAUGAAGGGGCUAUCCUCGAAAGCAAACUCCCAGCAUUGGGAGCCAUUGUGGCCUGCAUUGAGCCACUCAGGGGCUGUGUGCCUGCAUGGUACUAAGUUAAUACGACUAUGCUUCUGCCUUCCAGUUACAGGCACAGAAUGGGGAAAUCUGCAGAAGUGCUGCUUGCUCAACUGCCUGGUUUGCUGCCUUUGAAGGAUACAACAGCACAGCAUUACAGAGACAUAAAUCUGUGCUGGGUGGUGGCCAUUGGGUCCUCCUCCUUGUCCACACUCGUCUGCAGUAAAUGUGGUAGUCUCUAGUGAGCUAACUCUAACCUGGAGCAGUUUGUCUACUUCAGCUCUCUGUGGCAUGUUCUAAUAAUUGGGAGGAUGUGGGUAUUUCUGUAAAGAGACAGGUUAUGUGGAUGUAGUUUAUUAUUUUAUUGCUUUACUCAAUUCAAAGGUGUCAGAAGGAUAAUAACUAAUGCAUAGCAGAGCCUGUCGUAGAACAAUACUGAUGAAACAAUAAGUCUGGAAACCAGUCUCCUCUCCAGUUCUGUGAUGAUAUGAAUUGUCACAAAUCAAAAGGGACCUCAGAUCUAGUUCACCCUUUAUGUGGCUGCCAGAUGCCACUGGUAUUCUACUAGUAUUGCCAGCAGUGGUUACAUAGAUUGUUCCUUCAGUGUUGAAAGACACAUGUUGGAGAGUUCCAGUUGGCUGCAGUAGUUAUAUAUUCUGCAUAUAAUGUACUCUCUAUAUACAGUAAAUUAUAGCUGGGGUUGAUGGGCAUUGUAGUUUAGCAACAUCUGAAGUAUCACAGGUUGCGAACCCCCUUCAUUAAAGCAAUAUGAAAAGAUAAGGUCCCAAGAACCAAUUUUACACACACACACACACACACACACACACACACACACACACACACACACACACUGUAAUGGAUAUUACAGCUGCAACUGAGAAUGAAAGGUAGCUUUUAGGGCCCUUCGACAGUUAUUAAUGAAAGGUUUGGAAGAAAGGGAGGGCUUACCUAGGAAGCAUUCUGCAAGUGUCACUGUUUUUCAGGCUGCCACUGCAAAUCUCCCAUCCUCAAACUGAGGGUAGUUCAGUUGUUGGGAGGGGGACUCCCCAUACCUAACCGCCACCACUCUGUCACAUGUGAGACUUAGCUUACUUUUGCCCUAUAUAAAUAAGGAAAAGACAAGAUGUUGUGUGCCUACUGGUUUCUACAAAUAUGUGAAUGCUCCCAAGUGUUCAGUGAUCACAUGACUCCAUCUCUACCAUCAUAAUCCUUAAGAAAACUGGUUAAAAAUAAAUUACACAAAGAGGUAUCCAUGAAGCAUCUAAGUCAUAAUGCACUAAACACAUGUUUAAGUGGCAUUUAAAUAGUUAGAAAGCUAUGGUAAAAAUUACAAUGGUUAAACAAGGUUUUUAAAAAAUUACCAUCUCUUAUGCGAUGCUUUAAAAAAAAUGUAAAAAACCACCGCUCAAUGAAAUACCUAGUCAAAUGGGCCAGGCUCACAUUCUGCUAAUAAUGUGUUUGACCCUGGUAUACUUGAUUUUUCCCUAGCAGCUAGAUUGGAGCCAUGGCAUGGGUAAAGGGGGGGCUUUAAUCAUUUGCCCCACCACAGUUCUGAUCUGAAUCUCCCUAUGGCUGCUUUGGGGAGGGAAGUUCCCAUGGUUGUGAUCAUUCUUUUUCACUUUUGCAGUAUCACAGAGGUAAACAGGUUUGCCCUUGGUAUGUUUGUAAUGGGCUCCUGGCAAGCUAAAAUGCCACAACAAAUGACAUCAAAUUAUCAUUCCUACCUAACUGGUAGGAACAGACUUACAGUGGAGACGGUAUGAAGCUGGAAUGCAGGAAACUAAUGGAAAGCUGGAAGGAAUGAAGGAAGCUGAUGGAAAGACAAGUUUUUGGAAAGCAUUCCAGUGAUUACAACAGCCUGUGUUUUCAAGGCUUAUUAAUAAGCAAGGGAGCAAUAAUUUUUCCAGUCUAACAGUUCAGGCAGACAGCGUGCAUUUUAAAUUAUCAAACUCACUCUGAAGGUCCCACAUUCUAGAAAUUAACAUGAAACUCAACCUGGGAGCUAGCCAAGGAGGACCAGAAAGAUGUACCAUUCAAACUAGUGGGAAAAACAAAUCUAAAGAAUCUAAUGUGGUUUGGCAAGCACAGGAGACUACACUUCUAUAUCAAUGGAGAGAAAUGAAUCAAGCCACCACGCUUUCCUUCUCCGAAAUGCGGCCCAUCUGCUGUUUCUCACUUCAAAAAAGCAUGGAGAGAAGUGUGAUCAACAAAAACAGCACUUUGUGGCAGACUGGCACAAGAAAUAGUUGGAAUUUGUACAUGUAAGAAUGAUUACGGAUAUAACAGUGAUAAAUCUAUAUGCAUGCUUUAACUUGAGUUUGUGCACACAAUGAGUUGUGCAUUUAUCUAGGCAUACAGAUGUUAUAGAAUAUGCAUGUCAAUCAUUAACUAUGCUUUCCAGAGCAGAAGGUGCAUAGAAAUGUUACAGACUGACUGCUAUUCCUUGCAUUUCAUAGCCUUUUGGCCGGUUUACAAGAUUGUUUUCUCUCGGUACCCAUGUAUAAUAGUUCAUGCCUCUGACAAUUUGGGCUCUACUCCACAAAAGCUUAUGACACAAUAAAUCUGUUCAUUUUUAGGGUG